AUGCCUGUCUUGGCAAUUACAGGAAGCGAUGCCUACGAGGAAAACACGCUCAGUGGUCCUUCCUCUUUCGGAAGUCCAGUUUUGACCAGCUACGCAAAAAAGAAGGUCGUCAUUUCUGGUGUAAAAACCAUCGUCGGUCAGAACAUGGCCAAGCAGUGCAAUCAUGAAUAUUGUGUGCAUCUAAGCCAAACAGUCGAGUACCUGAACCAUUUACUUCUUCGCAAUCAACAAACCGACCCCCUUAUCGUACUUAACCAGAUGUACAUGUCGAAAUCUACUGCAUGUCUAGUCGAGAAGGCGCCUGCCGGUACCAUUUAUUCCGAAGACGUGUUUUUAAGCCAUCCAGGAGAGUUAGACAGUGCUUCUGCUACCAAGCCGAAGUUUAGCCGACACGGACGUGGCAAGGUGCAAGCGUCAUUUGCAAAGCGUGGUUUCUCGCUCUCGCAUUUCAUUCGGCGAUCCGCCAAAACUCCCAUUUCGCUUCCUGAAGACGAUGAAGAAGUCUCUGACGGGUGGCAUUCGCCUCAAGAACCACCGACAUUGGGGCGCAUCUACCUCUCAUCGUCAAUCAAUUUGGGGGACAGCGGCUCGUGGACUUCUCUUCUGGAAGAGCAAACUCGACAGACUCCAGUAGUUCUUCAUACAAAUGCUCAGCAGACAUGCAAAACCGUUGAUGAUAAACACAUCCCUGCUUUUAAAGAUAGCCAGACUGCCAAUGCCAACACAUUAAAACCAGUAUUUGAGCAAUCAUUCAAAAAAGCACAGCAGCCUGGUGCCCCCUCCGUGGCUGAUCCAGUGUGCCUACAGAAGAGCUGUGCCAAUCUCUCGACCGAUGAGUCGAGCAACAUAACGGCAGAGCCAGCAAAACUGAGGCAAUGGAGUUCGGCUCUCCGAAAGCGUCUCCUCUCCCGUUCGCAGCAGCUUCUCGACAAAUCCACCAGUAGUCGGUUACAGAAUCACGAGAUAGAUAUCAAAAGUGGAGAGCUAGAGUUUGGAAGGUUUCAGGCCAGUCUUCUAGGCGGGCAGGAGCAUUGCUUUUAUGUCAAAACAUUGACGGGUGAGACGCAUAUCUUCGCUGCAGCUUCUCGGCAUGAGCGCAAUUGUUGGCUAACCAGUCCCCUCCUACCUGAGGCGCCUGUCAUGUCGGCUGCGUUGGAGGCUCAAUUAGCUACAUUAUCCAAUCGCCAGACAGACGGGAAAGGGGAUGGAAGAGACGAGCAAAAUUUGCGGUAUUCGAAUCGACGCCCGCAACACCUUAGUAGCGCCAGUAUGCAUAGCCUCGUCUCCUCAAUUACUAGUCAGGAAUACGCUCGGGGUCAUACACGGAAAAAGAGCAGUAAUAUUUUGCCAUCAGUUGUGGAUGGAAAUCUGUCCCUCCCGAUCACACACAAGAAGCACUACCAUUACUCGGGAUUAAGUCUGCUCUCCUUGAGCCACCACAGGUCAAGCAGUAGUACACUGAGAAAACUUCGUUCUCUGGAUGUGCAACAGUUCUCGUCUCUAUUAGAUUUUGAGGAGAGAUACAACGAUCCCUGGGUUGGGUCCAUUUCCUUACGCAGAACUGCAAAACCAAACCUCGAGAACGAAAGGCAUCGCGAAAAUUCCCUCUUUCUUUCCAUUCUUGAGGCAAAAGGUCUUCACAACAAGAGAAGAUACUACUGUGAUAUCUGUCUAGACCGAACGCUUUAUGCAAGAACAACCAGCAAACAAUGCCUUGGUAAUAGCAUCUUCUGGGCAGAGGAAUUCGACCUGAACAACCUCCCAGACGUUUCAAUUCUCACGGUCAGUCUCUAUCGUGAAGCGGAGGGUGGAUCAAAGGAUGGUAGGAGCGGACUACUUGCCCGAUCAAACAGCAAAAAGGCUUCCAAAAAGUCCCAAAACCGUCUCAUCGGUUUCGUUACCCUUCCUGUGGCAAAGGUGUGCACGCGAAACCCCGCGCAGACGUGGCUCACCCUGCAGCCGCCUGCAAAUGCGGAUUCCAUGUAUCCGACCCUCCCCAGUCCUGGUGAAAUCACCAGCAGUGGCCUCGGAGUCAGUAGCAGUAGUAGUACCACCUCAUCAAACUUUAUUUCCUCCGCGAGCGCCAACAAUGUGACCGGGGGCACUGGCGUCCAGUUACGUGUCUCCGUUAGAUAUAAAUCCGUCGAUGUUCUCCCUAUCAGCGCCUACCUUCCUCUCCACACGCUCGUUCGUGAGAGUGGACUCGAGUUUAUUGAAUGGUUUGAGCACUUGAUUCCGUUAAAACUGAAAGAGGAAGUUGCUUCCUGCUUUGUAAACCUUCACGAACGUGGCGGAACAGCUGCUGCCUUUCUGACGGAACUUGUGGUUCGAGAGGUCUCCGGUCUUGGUGAGACAGCUUGUGCAUUAAUAACUGCGGUUGUGAGUACUCGGCUCCGCAUCCAGUUUAUCGUAAUGACUUACUUGAAUCCCAAAAAUGAGUCGAUGACCUUUCGGUCGAAUACAAUGGCCACCAAAGCUGUGGAAAGUUACAUCAAACUUGUAGGCAAAGAUUACCUCCACAAUCUAUUGUAUCGCUACAUCCAGCGGGUCCUAUUCUGCCCUGAGACGUGGGAAGUAGAUCCGGACAAGUUGUUACCCUCUAGUCUCUCAUCAGGUACACUUCUAUCCCCCAACGGUCAAGGUACAUCGACGCCAGCGGCUCGGAUAAUUCAGGACUACUGUGCCAGGAAGCGGAUGCCGGCCAGUGGCUGUGAGCCGUCAACUCCGGGCAGUGGUCUUUCACGUCUGGCCGUACUCAACAAUGGACGCGUCGCUCAGCCGGGUAGCCUAGUCUUCAGUCAGACUCAGUUGCUUCAACACCUUGAUUUGGUUUGGGAUUCGGUUUGUGCCAGUCUCCCUGACUUCCCUAAGCCACUGUUAGAGGUAUUCUCGUCAUUUCGGGCGGCGCUUGAGCCAAGCAAGGGCGCCGAGUUUUGCGACAAGUUAAUCUCGGCGUGCAUCUUUCUUCGCUUUGUCUGCCCUGCCAUCCUAACCCCCUCCCUAUUCGGUCUCGCCAGCACCUUUCCCGGCGAGUCGAACUGCCAGCGCAAUCUCACGCUUGUCGCCAAGUCGCUGCAGUCACUCGCGAACCUCUCAACCUUCGACGACAAGGAGUCCUUCAUGCGCUUUAUGAAUGCCUAUGUGGAGGCGCAAAUACCGGUGAUGCGGAGUUUUUUGCGAGACAUCUCCUCCCUGCCUGGGGUCCUCGAGCCAGGGAGACGAGUGGCAUCGCCCAUUGCCAGCAAUAUCGACUGUGGGUACGAGCUGGCCUGCCUGCAGAACAUCUGCCUUGAACUUUUCAGCACCUCCAGUGGUCAACACAACUUCUCCAACCCCUCUGCGAUUGUUACGGCGGGUAGUGGAAACUCACCGAUUUCAUCCUUACCUCCAUCACUGACACGCCUUCCUGAGAUUGUAUCUCGCCUUGAGAAUUUGAAGAAUGGAAUCGCUGUUGGAACUGACCUCAUCGACACUAGGGCAGCUUCCGAUUCCGCAUAUGCAUCUGUCGAUUCAAACAAACGCUUUCCGGCUCCCACCACACCGUAUGCAACACCCAUAAAUACAAGAAAUGUGCUACAAAACCCUCUUUCUCGGUUUUACCUUCCUAUGGAGGAGUCCAUAAGUGAUCUUUUACCAAACACAGGGCUCCACCAAUCUCCUCCUGAGACCAACGCCAUGAACUCGUCCAUUCGGAAGCCGAGAGCAGUCCGACCUACCACAGUACAAAUACCGACAGCUUCGUCGAGUAUUCAACAAUUAUCACAGCACCAGUCAUCAUUCACAGAUGCUUUGAUGACUUCACCGAAAAGUGUUACUUCCCUUGAAGAAGAGGAGGGUGACCGGGUUACACUAAAGGAGCUCCUCAAGGCUUCUGCUUUCACGCGCAAUUCUGAAGCAUCUUGCAGUGGCACCAGUGCUAAGGUCGCUUCGCAUGAAAACGACGUGGACUACGAUGACCCCUACAUUGACGAAGCUUAUGAUUCGACGCAGACCUCGCGUAGAAGGACAAUUUACGACGCGCCCUACGAGGAAGGUGAGAAAAGCGGGGGUGGUCAGACUUCGGGCAGUGGUGCGAGUCCGGUCCAAUUUCCCUCUCCCCCGAGCGCCUUCUCUCUCUACCGGCGACCGCUGGCGACGACUUUCAUCUCGGGCGACAUUCACUUCACGGAUGUACCCCCGAUGGAGUGCAGUGCCAGCCUCGUCACCGUACCCUCCACCUCCACCGCCUCGUCCACUUCCUGCAGCGUCUUCUCCUCUACUAUCGCCGCCACAGCAACUGCUGGCCUGCAUAUCUCACCUCGUAGGCCAGACCACCAUAAUGCUGCCCAUGUCAGGGACCCCUCAAAAGCGUCCUCUACGUGUGCUGCGAAAUCUCCAACCAGUGACAUCCUCGUUCUUGAGCCUCGACCCAGUCUCAUAAUCACGCAUUUAAAACCGCAUCUUUCGAGAUCCUCAACAACUUCUUCCUCUAGCCGCUCAUCUUUCACAAGUAAACAAGAUUCAGCGGCACAACAACAUCACUACCCUUACCGUCAAGCUGUCAACUCCGGUCAGGCAAACUGCACCCCUGGCGUCACUGCCACUGCUGCUGCCGCCGCGACAACCAUGUCAGUUGGACAGAAAAUGUCUUCCUCUGUGGAUAGCACCCUCUUCCAGAUGGAUCACAACUUAGGCAAUGCGUCUGCCACUAUGCUACUAGCAACGCCUGAGGGUUCGGGUACAGUGGGAACUGGCAGUUGCUGGACUCCAGAGACUAUGUGUACGUUGCCAACAAGGCGGAUGAAUGGUUUUGCUGGAGGUCGAAGCCAUCCAUUACCCUCACAGCCUGUUUUGGCUGAAAACGAGCAGCUGUUGACAUCAACUUUGGAAGAACUAGGGGACGCAGUUGCUUGGUUGGAGAAGGAACGCAUCGACCUGCUAAAUAAACAAGAACAUCGACAUUCCAACAGCCACCCUCGAUCUCGACCGGGGCACAGCAGUAGUUUUGGACCAUUAUCACCGCCCAAAAAAGAUCCCACCUUGACCAUUCAUACCUCUGUUGCAUCCAGAAUCAGCCCCACUCCUUCAGCAGCUACACAUCAGCAUCUUCACCCCCACACUUCAACACCCUCUCUCCGCUGGCUAAAUUACACACUACCCACGGAUGAAAUAUCUCCUUUGGCCAAAUCGACCAAUAGCCUUAUCGAACAGACCCUUCUUCAACACAAAAAUCAGCGGUCAGCUGUCUCAAAAAUCAUCACUUUGACUCGAUCUGGUUCCUCCUCUGCGAGUCCUUUACGAAGAAACUGGGAAGGUAGCGACUCCUCAGACAAUACCAGCGGCUUUCAGCCUCGUCGCCGGCGUACCACGACGCUGGUUCUAGCCAGUAAAGCAGCACCUACGUCGGGUCCUCAGACGCCGGUAGAAAUGCAAGGAGUGCCGAGCAAAGGAAGCAACUCGGAGGAAUUGGAGUUUAUUGUAUUACACCCAUACCGGCCUCGACCGCACCUCACCAGCUUCGUCUCCACCUCAAACUGCAGCCUUUUAAGGUCGAACAAUCCACCCCCUCAAUCCACUACCACAGCAGCUGCUACCAUUGCCGUAGCCGGUGGCGAUGUUGCGCGUCUGCGGAAACGAGGCACAGGGGGGUUAUUCGUCCUCUCAAGCUCCCCCCUGACAUCGUGA